AUGGUUUUAUGGCAAUACUGCCUGGUAUUAUGCCUAGAGAUACCUCCAAACGAGUGUGCAGUUACCCACUCCAAGUGGCAGCCCAAGUGGAUGCGUAGUACUGAUGUCCUAGUCACCAAUCUUGACUUCCCUGGUCAGUCCACUGAUCAUGCCAAUCUGCUUGUUCACACUAUUGGCCCUCUUCCAUUCUAUGUAUACAUCGGCUUCUUCCUCCGAAUAUCAAAGCAGAGCACACAAACUCUUCUCCAUGUCUCCCCUCUACAUACUACCGAUCGGGCUUCUCCUCUUGCACGUUCCUCAUUGGUGCUCCUCUGCAGCUGCAAGCGAUACCCUCACGGCGGGCCAGUCGCUCGCCGUCGGCGGCAGCAAGCUCGUCUCGGGGAAUGGCAAGUUCGCACUCGGCUUCUUCCAGCCAGCAGCAGGCACCAUCAGGAUCAGCCCAUCACCGGCCCCAGCCUCAACCGAACACAGCUCCAGAUAUCAAGCGAUGGCAAUCUUGUCAUUGUACACAAUGAUUCCGUAGUUUGGUCCACUCACAUUGUCAAUAAUAGGACACGAGCCAGCAGCAUAAACACCACAGCUACUGCUGCCGUUGUCUUGAACAGUGGAAAUCUCGCCCUUACAGUUACAGAGAGCCCAUCAUCAUCAUCGGACCUACCGUUGUGGCAGAGCUUCGAUCACCCAACAGAUAUUGUGCUUCCUGGUGCCAAGGUUGGCCGAAACAAGAUCACUAGUUUGAAUCGUAAGGGCGUCUCAAAGAAGAGCCUCAUUGAUCCGGGUCUCGGCUCAUACAGCGUUGAACUAGACACCAGCGGGCAGGUCGUCCUCAAGCGCCUAAACCCCUCAGUGGUGUAUUGGCAUUGGGCAUCCUCCAAAACAUCAUCAUUGAAGCUUAUACCAAUACUCAAGUCCAUUCUGGAUAUGGAUCCACGGACCAAAGGUUUGAUUAACCCAGCAUAUGUUGAUAACGACCAAGAGGAGUACUACAUGUACACCUCACCAGAUGAAUCAUCUUCCACAUUUGUCUCACUUGACAUCUCUGGUCAGAUAAAGCUGAAUGUUUGGUCGGAAGCCAGCCAGUCUUGGCAAACCAUAUAUUCCCAGCCCGCCGAUGCCUGCACUCCGGCCGCUACCUGUGGAGCUUUCACAGUAUGCAACGGCACUGCACAACCAUUCUGUGACUGUAUGGGGAGCUUCUCACAGAAGUCACUGCGGGAUUGGAUGUUUAAUGAUCGAACAGGAGGGUGCAUCAGAAAUACACCGUUACACUGCAACACUAGCAGUAACAACAAAAACAUGACAAGUUCAACAGAUAUAUUCAACCCCAUUGCUCAUGUUACGUUACCCUACAACCCACAAAGCAUAGACGUUGUUACCACACAGAGCAAAUGUGAAGAAGCUUGUCUCAGUUCCUGCUCCUGCACUGCUUAUUCCUAUAGCAACAGCAGAUGCUCUGUCUGGCAUGGGGAAUUGCUUAGUGUAAAUCGGAAUGAUGGCAUUGAUAAUACUUCUGAAGAUGUUCUAUACCUCCGCCUUGCCGCCAAAGAUUUGCCGCCAAGUUUGAUGAAGAACAAAAGAAAACCAAACGUUGGAGCUGUUACCGCUGCAAGCAUUAUUGGUUUUGGGUUAAUAAUGCUCAUGGUGUUGUUACUGAUUUGGAGGAACAGAUUCAAGUGGUGUGGUUUGCCUUUGUACAGCAAUGAAGGUAGUUCUGCUGGCAUCAUAGCCUUCAGAUACACUGACUUAGUUCGUGCUACUAAAAACUUCUCAGAAAAGCUGGGAGGAGGUGGUUUUGGUUCUGUAUACAAGGGAGUAUUAAGUGACUCGAAGACUACCGUAGCAGUGAAAAGGCUUGAUGGUGCCAAUCAAGGGGAGAAGCAAUUCAGAGCUGAGGUGAGCUCAAUUGGACUGAUCCAACAUAUCAACCUAGUCAAAUUGAUUGGUUUCUGCUGCGAAGGUCAUCACAGAUUACUUGUGUACGAGCACAUAUUCAAUGGGUCUCUUGAUAGUCAUCUAUUUAAGAAGAGCAAUAAUGCUGAUGCUGCUGUCCUAAACUGGAACACCAGGUAUCAGAUAACCCUAGGAGUUGCCAGAGGGUUGUCCUACUUGCAUCAGAGUUGCCGUGAAUGCAUCAUACACUGUGAUGUUAAGCCAGAAAACAUACUUGUGGACGCAUCCUUUGCUCCCAAAGUUGCAGACUUUGGAUUGGCAGCGUUUGUUGGAAGGGAUUUUAGCCGAAUUCUGACCACAUUCAGAGGAACCAAAGGUUAUCUUGCUCCAGAGUGGCUUACCGGAGUUGCUAUUACACCAAAAAUCGAUGUUUACGGCUUCGGCAUGGUACUGAUGGAGAUCAUAUCCGGAAGCAGGAAUUCACCUGAAACACACAACACUAGCAGCAGCACCAGUUACCACGCUGAAUAUUUCCCUGUGCAAGCCAUCAACAAGCUUCAUGGGGGAGAUGUGAAGAGUUUGGUGGAUCCACGAUUGCAUGGUGACUUCAAUUUGGAAGAGGCUGAAAGGGUUUGCAAAGUUGCAUGUUGGUGCAUUCAAGAUAAUGAGUUUGAUCGGCCGACGAUGGGUGAAGUGGUCCGGGUUCUCGAGGGUCUGCAGGAAAUUGAUGUGCCCCCGAUGCCAAGACUGCUUGCAGCUAUAACGGCGCAACCUGGUGCUGCAUAUUCAGUGUAA